CUUGACCACUACUGCACUACUUUUGGUUCAACCUAUACCGGAAGUUGUUAGCAGUGAGUCCUCUUGACUCGGUAGUUGUGACACACAGCAGCAGCUCCUUCCAGAAGUUUCUUCGUACGGAUUUUCAGCUCGGGGGCGACACACGACCACUCGAGUAUGAACUCGUCGUUGUAUGUUGUGCAGCUUAAGUUAAAUUACGUUUUAGUUCCUCAUCUCAGAGAACAGUAGGAAGUUGUCUACGGACGGUGACAAGUGAGGGAAGCUAACCUUGACAGUUAGCUAGCUAGCUAGCUAGCUAUCUAUCGUCCGCAUCAGCGACAGCUGCGGUGGAUCCCGCUCGCUGGACCCACACACUGGACAUGCUGGAUGUGUUGUUGGCUUCUGCGAUGACUGUGUCUUUAUAAAGUGGAAGAGGAAGAAGUGACCGGUUCUUGACAUGGGUAAAGAUUACUACAAAGUGCUAGGAAUAGCCAAAGGUGCCUCCGAAGAAGAGGUAAAAAAGGCGUACAGAAAGCAGGCCUUGCGCUUUCAUCCCGACAAAAACAAGUCUCCCGGAGCAGAAGAUAAAUUCAAAGAGAUCGCCGAAGCCUACGAUGUCCUCAGUGACACCAAGAAGAAGGACAUCUAUGAUCGCUUCGGAGAAGAAGGAUUGAAGGGUUCAGCCGGCGGUGGAGGUGGAGGUGGAGGACACAGCGGCCAAAGCUACAACUACACCUUCCAUGGAGACCCUCACGCGAUGUUUGCGGAGUUCUUCGGUGGCCGCAGCCCUUUCGAUCAUUUCUUUGCACAAAACGGCGAGGAAAACAUGGACAUCAACGAUCCCUUUGCGCCGUUUGGCAUGGGGAGAAUGGGCGGCAUGGGAGGCAUGGGAGGCAUGGGCGGCAUGGGAGGCAUGGGCGGGUUUCCCAGGUCCUUUAAAUCGCACCCAGGAGUUCCUCACAGAGCGCGUGAGAGGAAGAAGGAUCCGCCCGUGAUGCAUGAGCUGAAGGUGAGCCUGGAGGAGGUUUUCUCAGGAUGCACCAAAAAGAUGAAGAUCUCCCGCAAGAGACUGAACCCGGAUGGCUGCACCAUACGCAACGAAGACAAGAUUCUAACGGUCGACAUCAAGCGCGGCUGGAAGGAGGGGACGAAGAUCACCUUCCCCAAGGAGGGCGAUGAAACCGCCAGCAACAUUCCUGCAGACGUGGUGUUUGUGGUUAAAGAUAAACCCCACCCGGUGUUCAGAAGAGAGGGCUCGGAUAUCAUCUAUCCUGCAAAAAUAUCACUCAGAGAAGCGUUGUGUGGAUGCACAGUCAACGCCCCGACACUAGACGGCCGCACCAUCACUGUGACCUCCAGAGACGUUGUCAGACCUGGAAUGAAAAAGCGAAUUUCGGGAGAAGGGCUCCCCAUAUCCAAGUGCCCCGAGAAGAGGGGCGACAUGGUCCUGGACUUCACCGUGAAAUUUCCUGACAAACUGGGCCAAGGCACACGAGAUGCACUCAAGCAGAUCCUUCCACCGUGACGUGAAAUGAUAAGUUUGCCUCGAAAAUAAUCUGUUAAAGGAACGGUGUGUAGCAUUUUAGGGGGGAUCUAGAUGGGGCCACUCGGUCGGUUGCAAUCUGCAUCCUCACCGCUAGAUCCCGCCAAAUCCUACACACUUCGCCUUCAACGCUUCCAGCGGCGCACUCUUCUGUGCGACUCUUCUGGAUGAUUGAGGCUCAGGGCACAUUUGGUUCCAGCUGAGUUUAAUUUUACCUUCUGAACACCAAAUCGCUUUUUCUUACCCAACAUCUAGUCAGUUGGAUGACUUGGAAACUGAGUGAGUACCAGUGUUGAGUAGCACCCUGCUAGAAUAUCAGAUUGAAGGAGGAAAAGUAGAUAGUUAAACAUAUGAAGUGUGUAUAUAGAUAAUGAUGCGUGAGAGCCAGAGUUUUUGUUAGGUUCUCUUAGAAAUGUAAUAUAGUAACUGGGGAUUUGUUUUUCGCAGCAGUUUUUUUUUUUUUUGGGAGAGCUUUAAGAGAGCACGCAGCCAGCUAACAAUACCUCAGGUGCAGUGACGCAUGCUUGAUUGUAGUUUUUACGACAUCACUCAACAGGACGUGAUUAUUCUUCUACAGUGUAGAUCCUGAGAGGUGAAGCAGAUCAGUAUCAGCCAGAAGGAGCUGAUCAACGUUAAAUCUACUUUCCUUGUCAGUGUUUCAUUUGUCUACUCUUAGUCACAGCUUUCUGCCACAAUCUCAUAAACUGACCAGAAGAAUAUCGUUGCAAAUAUGCACAAGCCUAAAAAUGACAACGUCUCCAGUUAUAAUUCAGAGGAAAUAUUAAGUUACCAUUAUGUGACUUUCCGUAAGAAUGAUUCCUGUGACUUCCAGAUUAUUAAUUUAGGAAGAGAGCACUGAUAAGUACUUUGUAUCGUUAAUUAUUUAAUUGAGGGGACACAUUCAGAUUGGUUUAUCCCUGAUGUGUUUGAGACGGCACACCUUGCAAAAUGUUUACUUUUACGACACAUUUUUAUCUGAGAGUACACAGCUUACUACGUGUAAAUAAACUGUGGGAAGACUUUCUGUGCCAAAUAAUUGUCCCUAUAUAAUAAUAUAUAUGUAUGUUGAGAGCAUGAGUGUAUCCUGUUGUGUGUGUGUGUGUGUGUGUGUGUCUCUUACAAACUACCAAAAGCUAUUUACUGCAAUCGUACCCUUUUCAGGGUGCUUGAUGUACAAUUAGUGUAUAUUCCAAUUCAUUAUUAUUAUUAUGUCUGUUUGACUGCUUGAAGCCAGUACAUUGUUUUCUUUGCCCAACAUGGUAUAUGGCAAUAUUGCAUAGAAAGUUUAACGGCCUACAGAAUAUAUUUUUGUUUAUUUUGUCGUAUAGCUCUUACCUGACACAACUACAGCAUCUGGCAAUGUGUAGUUCCACAGUUCAUAAGAAUCCUAAAAAGUAUAUUGAACUCAUAUUCAUAUUCAGCUUUGUGCACCUUUUGACCGUAGUGAUGAUAGAAGCUUGUGGGUCAGUUAGUUCAUUUUCACAUUUUAAGUAUUUUUAGGUUUUUGACUGCUCCUGCUGGAGUUUUAAUUGUGUAACAUGUGGUUUAACAUGAAAUGUAGAGAUGUGUAAUCUCUGUAAUGUGUAACAUUUUCUUGUUUAAAAAAAAAAAAAAGAAAAAGAAGAUGCGUUUCUUUUUUUUCAUGCAAACUUUUUCCUUUUUAAGGGAGAAGGGUGUAAAGUAUUAUCUUGUUUCACUUCCUGUUUAUGUUUGGAAAUGCCUCAGGUUGGAUUUCAAGAUGUUUUCAUUUUUAACAACGAAGCUUUUACGAAUAUGACAUUUUUAAUAGAUUCUUCCUAUGCUGUGAUGAUUUGCAUUUCCACAUUAAAGAGACUGGCAAAUAUCUACCCGA